AUGGACAUGAUAAAGGACAAAAAUGAUACAGACCUAACAGAAGCAGAAGAGAUUAAGAAGUGGCAAGAGUACAAAGAAGAACUGUGCAAGAAAGAUCUUAAUGUCCCUCAUAACCAUGAUUGUGUGAUUGCUGACCUUGAGCCAGACAUUCUGGAAUGUGAAGUCAAUUGGCUUCCUGAAGCUCAAGUCAUUCAGAAGGCUUUGAAUUCAGCUGCUACUAAUGUUUAUCAGUAUGGACGAGAAUGGAUAACACAUAAGCUUGAUAAAAUAUUAGGAGAAAAAGUAAAUAGUACUGCUGUGAUUGAAAAGCAAGUUCUGGAGCUUUGGGACAGACUAUAUCAUUCUUGGUGUGCAAAAAAUACAACUCAUUCUGGACAACAAAAAAGUCACAAAAAGCAUUUAAAUCGUGAACAUAGUUGGACAAGUGAUAUGCUUGAUUGGCAGGAUGUUGCUUCUUUUAUUCAUGAGAAUAUUGAAACAUUUCUUUCGAUCUUAGAAUCCCUUUGGAUAGUGAUGAGUCAUAAUGUUAGCCUUCUUUUUACCACAGUUACAACUUUGCUAACAAUCCUCUUCCACAGCAGCACUGCAGUUCUGAAUUUUGUUCUUUCACUGGUGAUUUUCCUGACUACAUUAUUCUAUCUUUUAAGUUCCAGUGAUGAAUACUAUAAGCCAGUGAAGUGGGUGAUCAAUUUAAUCCCUUUGUUGCAGUCUGAUGCAUCUUCAAACAUAGUCAGUGAAUCUGUGGAGGAAGCCAUAAGAGGGGUAUUUGAUGCAUCUCUCAAAAUGGCUGGAUUCUAUGGUCUAUAUACCUGGCUGACUCAUACCAUCUUUGGAAUAAACAUUGUCUUUAUACCCUCAGCUCUGGCUGCUAUACUUGGAGUAGUUCCAUUUUUGGGCACAUAUUGGGCAACCGCACCUGCAGUUCUAGAUCUUUGGCUUGUUCAAGGAAAAGGAUAUAAAGCUAUGCUUCUCUUCAUUUGUCAUCUAUUGCCAACUUACUUUGUAGAUACAGCAAUCUAUUUGGAUAUAUCUGGAGGAGGUCAUCCUUAUCUGACAGGUCUUGCAAUAGCUGGUGGAACAUAUUACCUAGGACUGGAAGGAGCCAUCAUAGGACCCAUACUCCUUUGCAUUUUUAUUGGUGCCUCUAAUAUCUACAGUGCUGUGCUUGUGAGUUCAACAAAUUAAUUAUAGAUGCAUCAACCUUUGAAGAUUUACUGUUACUUUUUAGCUAUUAAGAAACUUUGGAUUGACAAGUCUGAAAAUACCGGGUGAGUUGCCUUCAAUCUUCAAUCAAUUCAAUUAAUACAGAAUGAAGCAAAAUAUUUUAACAUUGGACAUAUUGAAGAAUAUGAAGAAACUUGAUGGUUUUAAUAAUUAAAAUGGAUAUACAGAGUACAAAUCAAGAGAGUGAUCUGAAUAAUUUUCCUGUCUUGGAUUUACAAAGCAGGCUUGUUAAAAUCUAUUAAAGCCUUCAAGAAUUUUG